CUGCGUGAUUCGGGAUGGGAUCCAAGCUCUCCGUGGAUGACUCCGUCCGCGUCGUCAUAGUUGGAGGCGGCUUCGGAGGGAUGGAAGCUGCCCGCCUCCUGCGGGAUUGGGGGAUCCCCUUCGUCCUCGUCGACAUGAGAGAUGCCUUCCACCACAAUGUGGCUGCUCUGCGGGCUUCCGUACAGAGCGGAUUUGCAAAAAAAACCUUUAUCUCCUUCUCUGAGACCUUCAAAGAGAGUUUCCAGCAGGGCAAAGUAGUUGAGAUCGAUUUGGAGAAACAUCAGGUCCUACUGAACGAUGAUAAAGUACUUUCAUUUUCUCAUCUGAUCCUCGCCACUGGGAGUGAAGGGCCUUUUCCUGGGAAGUUUAAUCAACUUAUUAAUAUGGAGAUGGCUAUUCAGGCUUAUGAGAACAUAGUCAAGGAGGUGGAAAAAGCUGAGCGGGUGGUUAUCGUAGGUGGCGGUUCUGCUGGGGUUGAAAUGGCUGCAGAAGUUAAGACAACAUAUCCUAACAAAGAGGUCACACUUAUUCAUUCAAAAAUGGCACUGGCAGAUGGCGGACUCCUUCCCAGAGUCAGGGAGGCAGUGAAGGAGACUCUUACACAGGAGGGAGUGCAUCUCUUGUUGGAUCAGAAAGUUUCUAAUAUCCAUAUGCUGACCUUAAACCAAUUCAAGGAGAACAUGAUAGUGAAGACUGAUAAAGGUACUGAGGUUACUGCUGAUCUGGUGAUUCUGUGCACUGGAAUAAAAAUAAACUCUUCAGCAUAUGGCAGUGCAUUCAGAGACCAGCUGGCAAAUAAUGGUGCUUUGAAAGUGAAUGAAUAUCUUCAAGUUGUGGGCUAUGAUAAUAUCUAUGCUAUUGGUGACUGCUCAGAUGUGAAAGAACCAAAGAUGGCAUAUCAUGCUCAACUCCAUGCAAACGUUGUAGUGACCAAUAUUAUCAACAGCCUGACUCAAAAGCCUCUGAAAACCUAUAAACCAGGAUCACUUACCUUCCUGAUUUCCCUGGGAAGUAAUGAUGGAGUGGGACAAAUCAGUGAAUACUAUGUAGGGCAUCUCUUAGUGACUGUCCUCAAAAGCAAAGAUCUUUUCAUCUCAAAAAGUUGGAAGAAGAUGCAUCAGCAGAUGCCAUGCUAGAAAUGGAACUGCCAUAAACAAAAACAGAACCGAUGGUACCUGUAAUGAAUUAGUAAUGCUUAGUUUGCUAACAUUAAAUCAUAAUUGUCUUUAAGAAACUAAGCAAAAAACCUAGAUAGUAGAUCUUGGCAGAAACUGUAUUUCACAUUAGACUUUGGAGUUGGUUUGUAGUUGAUCAGCUAACGUGGAUAUUGUAAAAUUGAUCUGAAUUAAAGUUUGAAUGGGAGAACUGAUUAUCAUGCAAGUGUAGAACUCAGAACAAGACUUAGGCUCAAAAAUUUUCAAUUCCAGAUGUAUCUACACAGUGCACACAUGUUGGGUGUGCUAUAGUCUGCAUAAGCACUCUUAAAUGUUCUUUAGCACUUUAAUUCAAAUGCUUAUGGGAAUAGAGUAAUGGGAAAAUACCAGUACCCUGGUAAGGUUUUGAAAAAAGUAGAACUGUAACUAGCACUAAAUAUACUAAAUAUACUAUUAAGGGGGCUCUCUGUGCUGAAGCAGUACUUUGUAAAAUAGUAUUUAAUUGUCCUUCCUUCCCUCUCCAUCAUUUAUUCAUGCCAGAUUCUCUAAUAUUUGCUUGUACUAGUAAAGUUGAAGAAACCAAAGCCAGCCUUGCAGAGCUGGCAAAUACUUCCUUUGGCAAAUACUAAUUGCAAUGUUGAAUUUGAGAAUAUUAACAGAAUUGUCUUCUUUUCUUCCAAGAAACUUCUUACUUCUGAAGCCACUUUAACUUUUUAUGGAAAUGAACAAGAAUAAUAACGCUCAAGG